UUUGUUAAUUUAAUUUUGCGGUAAAACAAAAUUCGAUAUGGAGAACGGAAACUAUAAUGCGCCCGAAUUCGGCUGGGAGUACAGCCACGGUGGGGCAGGACACGGCCAAGGGGGCAUGUCCAACUAUUCGCAGAACCAUGGGGGCCGCCAGUGGCUGCACUCCAACCAGAACCAGAACAGCUACCAGCAGCCGGGCAUGUCCGGACAGGGACAGGGACAGGGCCAGUUUGGAUCGCCGCCGGAUCUUUUUGCCGACUUUAACAACUCGAUGAUGUCCAAAUACGGAAACUACGGUCCCUCGGGUGCGAGUUUCUCCCACCAGCCAGCGGGCGGCCAUGGUUCCAUGAUGCACGGCGGAGGUCACGGCAUGGGUCACGGCAUGGGCAGCGACAUGGGCAACGGCAUGGGUGGCAGCAGGAAUGUGGCCCCCAGGAUGCAAGGCGGCUACUCCGGUCGCCGCGGCAACGGCUCUGGCCGAGCCAAUGGUCUGGGCGAGCCCAGCACGGCACGUGGCCAAAACAACGGCACUAGCUGGUUCUAAGUUCCAUUUCCGCUCCAAAAAUCCCUUCAAAAAGUUUUGGCAUAUUGAAAUUUGGCUUAAAAACAAAACGUACCGUAUAGAUCGAAAUAAAGAGACUUCAAAACUUCAAAUAUA